AUGGUGUCCCAGGCAGUGCAGCUGCUCCGGCAGGGAGUAUGGGCAGCGUUGACCGGAGGUUGGUACCACGAUCCAGAGCAAAGCAAAUUCACCAACAGCUGCCAUCUCUACCUCUGGCUGUUCUUGUUGCUGCUGCCCAUGGCGCUGCACUUGGCAUGUCCCCCCACUACCAUUACAGCUGUCAUCUACUGUGGUUCUGUGACCUUAUUUUUCAUGAUAAUAAAGAUGAUUUCUUACCGCCUGCACCUGAUGUUUGACAAAGGAGAGAUGAUUCAACAAAAGCUCCCUUGUAAGGAAGGGAAACAAAAUAAAAAAGAUAAAAGAGACAAUGCAAUUCAGCAUAAAAAUCUCAGCAAUAACAUAGGAGACAGUGGUGCAGUCGAAGAGACCAAGCAUAAUGGUUCAACACCCACCAUCCACAAUAGCAUCAAAGGGCAGGCUAUCCUCUCUCAUUACCCUUCGAACCUGCCAGCUCAAGAAACCAUUGAAGAUCUGAAAGGAGUACUGGUUUCAGAAGAACAACUUGUCCCGCCAGUAUUGUUGACCUCACCCUGUAUCAAAGCCAAUAUUUUGCCUGCUUCCGUGACAGGUGUGCCAAGUUCCACCACACCAGUAAUAGUGAACAAGCCGAAUGCUAUGGAGACUAUUAUCAAUGGUGGAACAAAAGAAAAAGAAGAGAAGGAACAACCUUCUAACUUUACAGAAGAAGAUGCUCCACCGGAUAAAGAUGUGGUUGUUACAAAAUUGCCGAAUCUUUCUUUGUCCCAGUGUGAUAUUUUAAAAACAGGCAUUUCUUUUGAGCCUUGGAGUAUGGACAGUCCUGUCCUCUUUUUAGAGGAUUUAAACGAUCCUACAUGUUUAAGGAAAGAGAAUUUAUUGGAUGGGUCGGCUCGAGACAGCACUAGAACUGGUUUUCCUCGGUGCAAUACUGUGGAGUCUGAGACAGUUGCAGAAAGCUCUUCCUAUAUGGAUGACCUGAAAACACAGUUUGAUGAAUCGGAAAGUGAGAUCGCUGUUGCAUUGGUGGACAGUUCUCAUUCUGGGGAUCCAUUUACACUACAUGAACCCAUUAAAAUAGUUAUCACCAUGAGUAGCACCCAUAACUCAGCUACUGAUUUAGAGGGCUUGCAGCUCAUGAAACAGUCAAGUCCUGAGAAAUCUGGUUCAGAUCCAGAAUCUGCUGUGGCUGCUACACUUCAAGACAGUAAACAAAGCAACAACCAAAUGAUAAUCCCGGUCAUUACUUUUGAUCUAUCUGAGGAGAAUGGAGGCCAUGCUUUUCAAGAAGUAAGUGAAAGUUUGAGAACCCCAGAGAAUUUAAACGUAAAUGUGUCGUCUAAUCAAUGUUCUGGCUAUGAAUCUGGUGAACAAGACAAUAUUGGAAAGGAAAUCAGUGACAACCCAUCAAACAGUCAUGAAGGAAUGAUGUGUCCUGGAAAUGCUUCUGAACUUCUAGAAGACCCAGAAGAAGGCCAGUGGAAUUUGGAGGUCCCCUUAUAUAAAACAACUCAUGAGAAGAGACACGCUCGUGUUCUCAGUGUGGAUAGUGGGACAGAUGUGUUUUUAAAUAAGAACUCAUCAGAGACUGUUAGUGGAAAAGAAAAACUUUUGCCCACCUCAAAAUCUGACCUGGAAGCUAAAGAAGGGCAGAUACCAAAUGAAUCAAAUUUCUUAGAAUUUGUUUCGCUGCUGGAAUCCAUCAACACUUCAAAGCCAACAGCACCAGAUUUGAAAGCAGAGCCUGCAAAAGAUAAAGGGCUAGCUGGAGAUGGCUUUCUAAGAGAGAAAAGAGAGGGUGCAUUGACAACAGGAAAAAAUGAAAAUCAUGGUUCCUGUAAACAGGAGAAAACCGAGAUGGAAACUCAGGAUUGUACUAACGUUAAUCCAGUGAUGCCAGAACCAAUAAAGUUCACUGCCCAUUACCAGAGCACCAGACAACGACAGAUCAUUUAUCGGGUAACUUCACAGCCAGACAGUUCCCUCUUGCAAGUCAUAAGUGGCCCUGAAGCAUCGGUGCAAGAAGAGAUGUCAGUGGAUACAAUGCACAUCUAUUCCUUCAUAGAUGGAAAAGGAGAAAUGAGGUCCUUGUACUUAAGGAGUCAAGCAGAAGGAAAUAUUGAAAAUUCACCCAUCUAUGAUUGCAUCUCCAAUACUCAUGAAAUCCAUUUCAGCUCCUCUAGUACAACUACCUCAGAGAUCCAAGAAGCAUCUACUGGAGAUCAUGGACCAAGGGCACGGCAACAACAGUUCUUACUGAUGCUGGCACGCGGAGCUCUUUCUGAAACCCACCGGCAUUUUAGCGAAGACCUUGAGGAUUCUUCAUGCUCAUCAGCUCAAAGAAAAAUUAAUAGACAGUUUUACAAAUUUAUUGUUUUUCCUGGCAAAUGGAUAAAAAUCUGGUACGAUCGACUUACCUUGUUGGCACUGCUGGACAGGACAGAAGAUGUCAAGGAGAAUGCUUUGGCAGUUCUUCUAGUAAUCCUUGUUUCUUUUCUUGGCUUUCUAAUCAUGAACCAAGGUUUUUGUAAAGACAUUUGGGUGCUCCUGUUCUGUCUUAUCAUGGCAAGCUGUCAGUACUCUCUUCUAAAGAGUGUUCAGCCUGAUCCUGCCUCACCUAUACAUGGCCACAACCAGGUGAUAAUAUACAGCAGGCCUAUAUAUUUUAGCAUAUUGUGUGGCCUUAUUCUAUUACUAGAUGCAGGAUCUAAAACCAGAAAUUCCUUCAUGUAUACUGUUUAUGACCUGAAGAUAUCACCUGAAACAUUUCAGGUAAUCAGGGACUAUGUAAUAGGAUUUUUAUACUGCUUUCCUGUGAUUUCUCUUCUUGGUCUUUUCCCACAAAUCAACACAUUCUGUAUAUAUAUCCUUGAACAGAUAGAUAUACUGGCAUUUGGUGGUUCUGCUGUUGUGGGAAUGUACUCUUCACUCUACAGUAUUUCUCGAAGCUUUAUUGCUGUAAUUAUCCUGUACACAUUCUGCUUCAAUGCAGUUAAGGAACCAUGGGAUGCUGAACACAUUCCCGCACUGUUCUCUGCCUUUUGUGGGCUUUUAGUGGCACUUUCUUAUCAUUUGAGCAGGCAGAGCAGUGAUCCAUCCGUCUUAGUGUCUCUUAUUCACUGUAAAUAUUUUCCACACCUUGUAAAGCAACAUUUUGAAGAGCCACGAGUUGAUCCACUUCCUGAGAAGAUGAGAGAAUCAGUGAGAGAAACCUUGAGAUCAGAUCUCGUUGUGUGCUGUGUGGCUGCUGUGCUAUCCUUUGCAGUCAGUGCCAGUACCGUUUUCUUGUCAUUAGGGGAAUUACUCAGCCUGGUGCUUUUCAUUUUUGCGUGGACUGUGGGAUUCAUAACACACUACAUCAUUCCUCAACUUCGCAAACAUCAUCCAUGGAUGUGGAUAUCCCACCCUAUCCUUAAAAAUAAGGAAUAUCAGCAAAGAGAAGUAAGAGCUGCUGCUCAUUUAAUGUGGUUUGAGAGACUGUAUGUGUGGCUUCAGUGUUUUGAAAAGUACAUCUUGUAUCCUGCAAUAAUACUGAACUCCCUCACCAAUGAUGCUUUUUUAAUCAGCAAAAACAAGAUGAUAACCUCAUACUGUGAUAUCUUUCUAAUUACAAUUGCGGGAAUGAAGCUACUGCGGUCUUCAUUUUGCAAUCCCAUUCACCAGUUUGUUACAUUAAGCUUCACGUUCAUCUUCUUCAAGUUUGAUUGCAAAGGUUUCUCCGACAACUUCUUAUUCAAUUUCUUCAUUAUGUCAAUUGUAUUUAAUAAGCUGUGGGAUCUACUACAGAAAUUACAGUUCAUAAUGACUUAUAUUGCUCCUUGGCAAAUAGCCUGGGGCUCAUCUUUCCAUGUGUUUGCUCAGCUCUUUGCAAUACCUCAUUCUGCAAUGCUUUUCUGUCAGACUCUGGCCACUGCAAUGUUUUCUACUCCCUUGAGUCCAUUUUUAGGGAGUGUCAUAUUUCUCACAUCAUACGCCAGACCAGUCAAGUUCUGGGAAAGAAAUUACAACACAAAAAGAGCAGACCAUUCCAACACAAGAUUGGUACUCCAGAUUGAAAAGGAUGCAGGAAAUGAUGAUAACCUUAACUCCAUCUUUUACGAGCACCUAACAAGAUCUCUGCAGGAGACCCUUUGUGGAGAUUUGAUUCUUGGACGCUGGGGAAACUACAGUUCCGGGGACUGCUUUAUUUUGGCAUCUGAUUACUUAAAUGCUUUUGUUCAUUUGAUAGAAAUUGGAAAUGGUCUUGUCACAUUCCAACUCAGGGGGCUAGAAUUUCGAGGGACUUACUGCCAGCAAAGGGAAGUGGAGGCUAUAACAGAAGGAGAUGAGGACAAUGAAAACUGCUGCUGCUGUAAACCAGGCCACUUCCCUCAUUUGCUCUCAUGCAACGCAGCUUUCAACCUUCGAUGGUUGACUUGGGAAAUAACACGGACUCAGUACAUUCUAGAAGGGUACAAUAUUAUUGACAAUAGUGCAGCCACCAUGCUCCAAGUGUUUGACCUGCGAAGGAUACUCAUUAGAUAUUACAUAAAGAGCAUUAUAUAUUUUACUGCAAGCUCCCCCAAAAUCCUGUCCUGGCUAAGAGAUGAAUCAUUCCAGAAGACACUACAGCCAUUCUCCAAAUGGCAUUAUAUUGAGCGUGACCUUGCCAUGUUCAGCAUUAACAUUGAUGAUGAUUAUGUCCCUUGCCUUCAAGGAAUCACCAGAGCAAGUUUCUGUAGUGUUUACUUAGAUUGGAUUCAGUUCUGCGCUGGGAAAAGAGUGGAGCCUUUGGAGUGUGAUGAAGAUUCUCCUUUAGUAACCCUUUCCUUUGCAUUGUGCAUUCUUGGUAGAAGAGCUUUGGGAACAGCAUCACAUAAUAUGGCCAUCAGCACAGGAGUACAUAACGGAAUUCUUGAAUUUCUGAAUUUUCCCUUUCCAUUUAUUAUCAAUAUAAAAACCUUUUUGACUGAAACAAAGUCUCUGAGUGAAUUGAUGCAACUGAAGAUAUAUGAAUAUAACCAAGAUUCUUGUGGUAUUAAAGUUAACAAGGAAUGUGUCAGAGGGCUCUGGGCUGGACAACAACAGGAACUGAUUUUUUUUCGCAAUCGUAACCCAGAACGAGGCAGCAUCCAAAACAAUAAACAGGUGUUGAGGAACCUGAUUAACUCUUCAUGCGACCAGCCUCUGGGAUACCCCAUGUAUGUUUCUCCUUUGACAACAUCCUAUAUAGGGACUCACACUCAGCUGAAAAAUCUCUGGGGUGGACCGAUAAGUCUCGACAACAUCAAAAGAUGGUUCAGAAACAAAUGGCUUAGAAUGCAGAAGGAUUGUAACCCAAACCACAGUAGAGGAAGCUGUGAGGAAGGGGCCAGCAGGAAUGGAUCUUCCAACAGUAAUCCAGCUAAUAAUUCAAGCCAGAGCAGCAGCUCCCAGCAUACAAGGAACAGCACACCCCGACUGCACCCUUCCCUUCGGAUUGCUCAGUUCUCAGGCAGGAGAAAAUUCAGGAGCCAGUCUGCUCAGACGCAUGCUGCUUUAAAUCAAAGGCCCCCUCGCUCAAGUCAUUCUGGUCCAAUCUUAGAGAGUCAUCCCCCCUUCAUCCAGACUUCCACUUCGGCUCAUGAAAUUGCCCCAAGACUUUCUGACAGCCAGCUCUCUUUCCACAAUUCAGCAACCUCUGUGUUCUCCCCAACCGCUGCCAUCCCUAUCUUGGGCCAACUAACGGUGCAGGAGCAAGCCGGCGCUGUGAUCAGGUCUAGUCUGGCCUCUUCCACCAGCUCCACUCUCAGCCUCUUGUUUGGUAAAAGAAGUUUUUCAAGUGCGCUGGUCAUUUCUGGCCUCUCUGCAGCUGAAGGAGGAAACACUACAGAUACCCAAUCAUCCAGUAGUGUUAACAUUGCAAUUGGGCCAUCCGCUAGAGCAGCAAACCGUAACAAGCAGGAGGCUGUACGGCAAUUGUCUGAUGAUUAUGAAGCAACUGAUACGGCUGAAUCCAGACAGCAAAGGGACCUCAGAACUACUCACGCUUUCCUGAUAAGCCAUAUGAUGGAAUGCAGAAGGGCCAGCCAGGAAGACAUGGCUCUAGAAGAUUCUGCUUCUCAACACAGCCUUUCCGAAGAGUAA